UCUCACCGCCGUCACUCUCCGCCUCCCCCCACCGCGCGCCGUCCACCACCCAGACCCCACCCCACCCCCACCUCCCUCCGUCGCGCCGGCGAUCCCGGCCUCCCCUCCUCCGCGAUGUAUCCUUUGGAAAUGGAGGGCAACUCGAACCCAAAGACGACCAACAAGCCCAAGUAUUCCAAGUUCACACAGCAGGAGCUUCCAGCAUGCAAGCCGCUACUGACACCUGAAAUCGUCAUUGCUGCCUUUGCGCUCAUUGGCGCCCUGUUUGUUCCCAUUGGGCUUGCGUCGCUGCAUGCAUCACGACAGGUUGUCGAACUGGUCCAUAGGUAUGAUGCAAGUUGUGUGCCCGUGGAUGACAAGGUUGGGUUCAUCCAGAACUCCAGGACUGACAAAACAUGCACAGUAACGAUGACUGUGCCAAAAUACAUGAAGAGCCCAAUCCACGUCUAUUACCUGAUCGACGGCUUCUAUCAAAACCAUCGAAGGUAUGUGAGAAGUCGAAGUGACAAACAACUGCGGUAUAAGAGUGCUGCACAUUUGACAUCGGAUUGUGUGCCUGAAGGUGAUACCGCUGAUCAUGCUCCAAUUGUUCCAUGUGGCCUUGUUGCUUGGAGUUUGUUCAACGACACAUAUACAGUUCGGGUCAAUGGGGUGGUUACUCAAGUGAAUAAAAAGGACAUAGCUUGGAAGAGUGACAAGAACAAUAAAUUCGGCAAGAAUAUCUAUCCCAGUAACUUCCAGAAGGGAAGGCUUAUAGGUGGCGCUACGCUAAAUGAGAGCAUACCAUUAAGUGAGCAAGAAGAUCUCAUUGUUUGGAUGAGAACUGCUGCCCUCCCAACUUUCAGGAAGCUGUAUGGCAGAAUUGAGAAAGAUAUCAAUGCAAACGAUAAUGUAACAGUGGUUAUACAGAACAACUAUAACACAUAUAGUUUUGGAGGAUCAAAAGCGUUGGUCCUUUCCACUGCAUCUUGGAUUGGAGGAAAAAACAACUUCAUUGGUAUUGCAUAUCUGACUAUUGGUGGUUUGUGCCUUUCCCUUGCAAUGGGCUUCUUAGUUCUCUACAUGGUUAAACGAAGGAACUUUGGAGACCCCUCGAACCUGUCAUGGAAUAGAUGAAUAGAGUUAACUAUUAGACUGGAGUAUCAUGUCUGAGAAUAAAAGAUCAUUCAAUGGGUAAAUUCUUCCAAUUGGAUCUAUGGGUGUCUGUUCUUAUUCCCAUUCACUGGGCUUGUCAUGGCUCAUAGGCAUGAGGAUCUUGUUGACUUUGGAGCCGUAAUAGCAUCAUACAUACAUGAACAGAAUGUAUUGUGAUCGGUUGACUUAAAUCUUAUCUGACCUUAUCUGACCA